AGCAGUGUUUCCUGUUCCCUUGCUCUUUGGACUCACUCGCCAUUUUGACACAGUCGAGUAGACGGCGCGGUUAAAGUUGCAGCAAACCAUCGACCUAAACAUCAAGACCGAGGACGAUUAGCAGGAGAAAUUCAAGAUAAUAAUAUGAGUGGUUGUCGUGUCUUCAUCGGCCGUUUGAGCCCACACGCCAGAGAAAGAGAUGUGGAGAAGUUUUUCAAGGGAUAUGGACGGAUUAGGGAGAUCAACUUGAAGAAUGGAUUUGGCUUUGUGGAAUUUGAUGACCACAGAGAUGCAGAUGAUGCUGUGUACGAGUUGAAUGGCAAAGAGCUGUGCAGUGAAAGGGUCACUAUCGAGCACGCUCGCUCCAGAAGAGGAAGAGGUGGCGGCCCUGGAAUGGGACGCUUCAGCGGCAGCAGCAGUUAUCGUCCAUCUCGCAGCAGUGGAUCCAGGUACGGCCCUCCUGUGCGGACUGACCACAGACUCAUUGUAGAGAACUUGUCUUCACGGAUUAGCUGGCAGGACCUGAAAGACCUGAUGAGAAAAGCAGGUGAAGUUACCUUUGUGGACGCUCACAGACCCAACAAAAACGAAGGGGUGGUUGAGUUUGCAUCUCGCAGUGAUAUGAAGAACGCCAUCGCCAAGCUUGAUGGGACAGAACUGAACGGACGCAAGCUGAAGAUCUUUGAGGACAGCAGAAGUCACAGCAAGAGUCGCUCCCGUUCCCGUAGCUAUUCCCGCUCAAAGAGCCGUUCCCGCAGCCGCAACCGCUCCAGGAGCCGCUCCAGAUCCAUCAGCCGCACCCCGGAGAAGAAGACAUCAGGAGGGGGCAAGGCCCCAGGCAGAUCCCCCUCCAGGUCCAAAUCUCGCUCCAAGUCCCGCUCCAGGUCUCGCUCGCGUUCGCCCGCUCCCGCUCAGAACAAACAGUCUCGCUCCCGUUCGCGCUCUCGCUCUCGUUCCCGGUCCCGCUCGCGUUCCCGUUCCGCCUCCGCAGACAGCAAACACUGAGACCAAUAACACCUGUUCAGCCGUAUAAUAGACUGGUAGUUUUUUUUUUUUUUUUUUUUUUUUUUUUAAUGAAGGGGAGGGAAUUGCCUUUUACAUGGCCUCUUUUGAAAUAAGACCUUCAGUUAUUAAUGUGCCCACUUUGGUUUUGAUUUCCUCUUAGUUUUGUUAGUUUGGAUGUGCUUCCACAGGGAACAUUUUUUUGUUUUCCUGUCAUGAUCUCUACAUUUCCCUCUUUUAAAAUCCUUCACAUUUUGAUGAAAUACUGAGCAACAGAAAACACUUUGAUCGGUGAUGUCUUGCCAUGUUCUGAUUCCAUCCACUCCUCAGUGCUUUGCCCUUUACGACUCCCCUCCCACCCCCAGAAGUGUUGAUGAGUGAUGUUUAUGUUCGUAAUGCAAGCUCCCGGCAUUACCGUGAAACUGUGAUUCUGCUUCUGACGAGGCACUGUAACAGGCGCCUCUCCACGUGUUGCAUUCACUGCCCUGGUAUGUAUGUGAAACCUGAAAAUGCAAACAUCUCAGUUGGUGAUUUAUUUCAGCUUUCUUGUGUAAUGAUAUUGGAAUCUGGCACUACUUUUUUUUUUUUUUUUUUUUUUUUUUUCCUCAACACUGCUGUAUCAGGACCGCGUCUCGUGUUGGUGAUUAAUUUUCUUUGCUUUUAUCUCCAGCCUUGGCUUGUGUGGUGUCAUGGGUCUGAACACAAGUGUGUCUAUUUCAGCGGGAAGGAAUAAGAUCAUUGAUUUGAUACUAAUAAAACUCACUGCAUAUUGUCAUUUCUUUUUUUAGUAAUGUCCAGAAAGACCUUCUUUUUUUAUAAUAUAUAUAUAUUUUGUGAAUGUGGGUCGAGAGACUCUCAUACAUACGAUAAUAAAGUCUCUGCAGUUUAAUUGAAUAAAUCAGAAUUGUUUCCAUCGUGCAGUGAUUACAGGACAAAUGUAAACUCCAGGUACAAACACAAAUAAAACUUUUGAUUUAUA